AUGGGUAGACCUGCUUUACCUCCUGACAAACAACUCCUAAUAUUCUUGUGGUACAUGGCCAACCAAGAUUCUAUGCGAGAAGAUGCAUGUAUAUUUGGAGUUCGUCCUUUCACAGUUCAUAGAUGUGUUCGCCGGGUCUCAAAGACGUUGUGUGACAAACUUUUGCGAAAAUUCAUUAUUUGGCCAGAUCAUGAUGCCCAAGAACAGAUAUCUAGAGUUAUAUACGAGUUUAGUGGGUUGCAAUAUUGUAUUGGAUUCAUUGAUGGAACUCUUAUUGCUUUAUCAUUCAUUCAAAACGGUGAUAAAGAUUACAUUAAUCGGAAAGGAUAUCCAUCUAUCCAGCUACAACUUGUUGUCGAUGACCAGAUGAUGAUAAGAGACACUUUCGUUGGGUGGCCCGACUGUGUCCACGACGCCAGAGUGUACCGCAAUUCACCAAUUUUUAACCGUUUGGAUCAUGAUAAUGAGAUUAACCUUGCACAAGAGAAGUAUUUAAUUGGAGAUGCAGCAUAUCCACUUUCAUCAUUCAUGAUGACACCCUUCAGAGCUGUAGGUAAUCUCUCAAAUGCACAGAAGCUUUUCAAUCGCAAACUAUCGUCAGUUAGACAAACAGUUGAGAGAACAAUAGGUCACUUGAAAGGGCGUUUCCGCCGGUUGCGUGAGCUAUAUUGCGUAAAUAUUGAAGACUGUUGCUACCUCAUUACAUCAGCAUGUAUUUUGCAUAAUUUGUGUGUUCUGAAGAAAGACGACAUGGAUGACUAUCUGGAACUAAAUCCAAAUCAAGCAAACAGAGUGAACUAUUAUCCUAGUAUAUACAGAAACGAUCAACGUGGUGUUAACAAAAGAAAUGCUCUUAUGCAGAGUCUUCAAAAUUAUUGCAUGUGA